AGGGGAAAAGGCAGUAAUCCUUAUAAAGUAUUCGUUUCUCCUUGAGACAGACAAAAAGACGGAAGUUCUUUUUUUCUUUUCUUUUCUUUUUUUUACAAAGCUUGUUCUACUUCCUGUUAAACGUGGCUCUACUGCGCAACAAGGGAAAAAAACAUUGAAAAAAAGGAGGGCAGAGAAACCGAAAACAAGUGUUAUCAAAUCAUCGCCCUCUUCGGUGACAGCAUUAAAAAGCAGUAUCGUGAUAGCAGGAUGGAAAAUCCCACCAGCUCCUUCAUUUGCUGGAAGAAGGCAGGUGAUACAGAUCACAAUGUGGGCGGAGCCUCCGCUUGAGUUGGCAGGUAGAGGUUGAAACCCGGCAUUAAACACUCACCGUUCCUUCACGGGACAAACAAAAACCUUCAAGAUUACGCCUUCCAAAGGGUAUUUGUGGGGAGUCCGACGGAUUUACAGACCCAGUGAUGGAAAACAGGUCAGAAAAAAACAAGCCUGCUCAUGGCCAGCUGAUCUCUGUUCCUCACAAGGACACAAUUCGUCUCCUGGAGGUGUACGUCAAGCGGAGCAUCAGCCUAAAUGAUGGCAAAGUGGAAGAAAAGCAGAAUGAAAGAAAGGACAAAUGGGUGACCAUGUCCAGAAGGCCAAGACGAUCCUCCAGUGAUCCUUCCCAUUACUUGGCUGACGAAUCGUCGCUCAAGGAAGUUGAUGUUUUUGUAGAGGACUGUUCUCCACCGAAUGCGGCAGAAAGUCUUCCCGAACAGCCGGAUAAAUCGCUCAAGAAGACGAAGAAGGGCAAGAAGCAAUCGUUUUGGAAAAAUCUUCUAAGCUUUUUGUCUCCAAAGACCAACAAUGACAAAGGAGAUGAGCCGGAUGGUCUGGCAGGGAACUCUAAUGGUUCUGAUUCUGUCAUUACGUGCCUCAACACAACUUCAGUCAAUCAGCAAAAGAAAUCUCUGAGUAGAAAGUCUUUGAAGAGACGGUUCUCAAAAAAAAAUCUUUCUUUUAAACAUUCGAAGGACCCUGACAUCACAGGAGUAGAAGGCAAGUGUGGAGCUGUUGUCAGUGUUGAACCGACAUACUCGUACUAUGAAAAAGUCUCAGAGGAACUAGAAAAAAUUGUGCACGAGGUCAAAGAGGAAACAGAAACUCUCUCGGAUGAGGAACUAAUCAAAAGGAUCACUGCUUUGACCAUGGAGCACGGUGAUGCCAUAGAUAUCAAGAUGAAAAGUAAUCCCAUCCUAAACAGCUUCUUUGGGCAGAUGACAUACUCCUCCUUCCAGAAGCUGGUGGAUGCAUAUGUGGAGAAACGAGUGACACCAGUCACCAAUCCUCCCACCGUUCCUCCCACUGCACCUGAGCUGGUCAAACUGGCCUUCACUCUCGACUUCACUGCCAGGAUAGCUGGACUCUCGAAACAGAAUGUGGGCCAUAUAACAUGCCUCGGGAAGAACUAUCUGCAGCAUCGAUUUGAAUACAAACAGGCAUGUUCGGAUCAUCCGUGGUCUGACAGCGAGCAAGAGGAGGCAACUACGUGAAACAUUUAAACCGAUGAUGGACCAACGUCAACAGCUCCCAACUUCCUCAACCUAAUUUAAUCUAACACGCAGAGUGUCUAAUCAGAUACAAAAACAUUGGAGCUUUUAUCUGAAUUGUAAUCUCCUGUGACCUAAAAAAUGUGAGCGAGUUUGAUAAGUUUCUGUAAGGUAUGUGAAGGAUCUACUCAGAGUGAGAUCUCAGUUUGCACACUUUGUAAUCUAAUGAUAAAGCACAGGACUGUGAGAAGGCAGUAGCCCUACAAAUAUGUUCCUUUUUCAUAUUAAUUGUUGAUGUACAAGAAGAAAUGGUGCAAUAUUUUUAUUUGUAUAUAAGCCAAAAAACGUUUUAAAAUUGUAUGUCAUUGAGUGUUUAUGAAUGCAGGCAUUCAUAUUUUCUAUUGAAAAGAUGUCACAUUUU